AAUCUCCAGGGACAACACAGCACGCGCGAACGCAGACGCGCGCGCGCGUAAACACAGGACACGGAGCGGAGAGGAGCGAGGACAGACACAGAGAAGUGCGAGUAGCAGGUGAGCUGUUGCUGGUGCUGCUGUUACCUGCCGCUACCUUUAACUCUUUGUCUGGCUAAAUUAUUCCCGUGUUUCCCGACCCGCUGCGUGGAAGAUACCCACCGACGCGCUCUCGAGGACACAAAGAGGAAGCGAGUGAGAGUAGAGUCGGUCGGUAUUUGUAGGAAAGCUAAUGUCGUUGAGUAAAAACGACUCGAAGAGAUUGUUAGCUCGCCAGUCGCGCUUGUUACUACGGACAAGCUACAGCCAGUGAGCAUUAAAGGCAGAACCCGGGUAUAUUAGUAGUUGUUAGGUGUGUGCGGUGUGCUGCAGGUGCUUUUUUUUUUCUUAAAGAGUAGGUGGCAUGCAGGUAGUGACGGGGAGCGGGAUGGUCCAGUGCCCCGUUUUCUGUUGAUGCUCGCUAUCCUUCAGGCUGACCGAAAGUGAACAUGAAGGACACCGGAGAGUCAAAGGACCACCAGCUAACUGUUGCCUUGAGAAUCCGACCCCUCAGCGAUGCUGAGCAGGAGGAGGGGGCUACAAUCGUGGCCCACAGAGUGGACGACCAGAUGGUGGUUCUGAUGGACCCCAUGGAGGACCCAGACGACAUCUUGCGUGCCAAUCGCUCGAGGGAGAAGACUUACAUGUUUGAUGUAGCAUUUGACUUCUCCGCUAGUCAGGAGGAAGUGUACCGGGCAACAACAAAAGGCCUAAUUGAGGGCCUUAUAUCAGGCUACAAUGCCACUGUGUUUGCCUAUGGACCCACAGGUUGUGGAAAGACAUACACCAUGUUAGGAACUGACAAGGAGCCAGGCAUCUAUGUUCGAACUCUGAAUGACCUGUUCCGUGCCAUUGAGGAGACCAGUGAUGACAUGCUGUACAGUGUGUCCAUGUCCUAUCUGGAAAUCUACAAUGAGAUGAUCCGUGACCUGCUGAAUCCAUCCUCAGGCUUCUUAGACCUAAGAGAAGAUUCUAAGGGAGUUAUUCAGGUUGCUGGAAUCACAGAGGUGUCCACCAUCAAUGCUCAAGAGAUCAUGGAGCUCCUCAUGAAGGGCAACAAACAGCGCACCCAGGAGCCAACAGCCGCCAAUCAGACGUCAUCUCGCUCCCACGCUGUGCUACAAGUAGCUGUCAAACAGCAGAGCCGCUGUCGUGACGUUCUGCAGGAGGUCCGCUUUGCACGCCUCUUCAUGAUUGACCUCGCCGGCUCCGAACGAGCAGCACAGACUCAAAAUAGAGGUCAGCGUUUGAAGGAAGGGGCCCACAUCAACCGUUCCCUCCUGGCUUUGGGCAACUGCAUUAACGCCCUGAGUGACAAAAAUGGUAACAAGUAUGUCAACUAUCGAGACAGCAAGUUGACUCGUCUCCUGAAGGACUCCUUGGGCGGAAACAGCCGAACGGUCAUGAUAGCCCAUAUUAGCCCUGCCUCUGUAGCUUUUGAGGAGUCUCGUAACACGCUGACAUAUGCAGACCGUGCCAAAAGUAUUCGAACACGGGUGAAGAAGAACAUGAUAAAUGUGUCAUACCACAUUGCUCAGUACACCAAUAUCAUCUCAGACCUGCGCUGCGAGAUCGAGAGGUUGAAAAAGAAGAUUGCCGAACAGGCGAGUCGACAGCUCAAUUCUGACCGAGCUGACAUCCGCAAUGUUCAGGAGGUCCAGGCCCACUCCAGCCAGCAGAGUCGAGAGGAGAUGGAUUUGUUGAGGGAGCAGCUUCUGGAAGCCUUCCGCCAACAGAUGCAGAUCAGGAAGAGCCUGAUGGAGCUGGAAAACAACAACAUGGAGAUCCAGAUUGCCACCUCUAACAAUCUUUUAACUAUUACAGACUGGGAACAGGAGCGCGGCAGGCGCAGGAGAAAGUGGCGUGCGGAGAGGAGGAAGGAAAGUGUCAAUAAGGAUGAAAGCGAGAAGGACUCUGAUUCCUCAGAGUCUCCUCCAGACACCACGGAGACUCAGGAGGUGGCAAUAGCUCGAGAAAAUCUGGUUGCACUCAUGGCUGAACAGAAAAAGAUUCACAAGGAGAAGGCGUUGCUUGAGCGUAGGUUUCUGGAGCUUCGGGAUCAGGCCCGGCGCUUGGAGGAGCUGCUGCCGCGGCGGGUUAGCUCAGAGGAGCAACGCGAGGUCCUAGGACUUCUCUGUAAGGUCCACGAGCUGGAGAUUGAGAACGCAGAGAUGCAGUCCCACGCUCUGCUCAAAGACAACGUGAUCCGACAGAAAAACUUUGUGGUGCAGCGUUUUGAACAGCACAGACACCUGUGUGACGAAAUUAUUCAGCAGCAGAGACAGUUCAUUGAUGACCACAGUCUGCCCGUACCUCCACACCUUCAGGAGCUGUAUGAUAUGUACAUGAAGGAACUAGAUGAUAGGAAACUGGAGAAAGCAAUUGGCCUAGAAAAGGUGACAAUCAGGCAGACCAUCAAGGAGGUCUCGCUACCUAAAAUCGCCUUGCCUUCUCGCGGUCGUGACAACAUGCAGGACAUAGAUUCAGACCAGGAGAGCAUACGUAACAUGUGCUCAGAUAACAGGCGAGGUCAAGCCAAAAUACGCAGACAUACCCUGCCUCCCAUUCUGCCUGAACCUGAUCUGGACAAUAACAGAGUUUUCAAGAGCAGCCCUCAUGCCAGGCAAAUGAAAAAUUCAGCAGUAAUGACCCCACCUCCUAUCCACAUAAAUGGGAAGGGCAACAGAGAGCUGCAGCCUCUGGCUCCUGAGAGCUUUCUGAGUUACAGCCAUCUCAGCCACAGUGUCAGCAGCCACCUGGACUCAUCACCUGAGAGCAGCGAGGCAGGGGCCGAUAUCCCCCUCUCAAUAAAUGAACGGCAGCAGAUUUUAAAGGGGGUCCAGAACAUUGCAGUAAAAGCAGCACGUCGGCGCUCCAAAGCGCUCGAGGUGGAUGUCUUGCGGUUACCUCCUGCACCAUCUCCCCUGGACCCCAAGAAGCAGAAGAGCAGCCUUUCUUUAAGCGAAGCUCCCCCUAGAGGUUUGCCAAUGAGGCGCGUCAGGCAGCCCAGCCCCGAGCUGAGACACGCCACUUCAGACGAUAACCUGUCCAGCAGCACCGGGGAGGGACCUGGUUUGCAUGUGACCUGGACACGCCCACGUAACCGACAGGUGCUCAACAAGAACCAAACGCCUCGCGAGGCAGACUUAGAAGGCCGUCGCAAAAAGAGACGCUCACGCUCUUUCGAGGUCACAGGUCAAGCGGUACCUCAAACCAAGACGAGCACAGCUCAGAGGUUUCGCCCUCUGGACAGCACAUCAGACCCUCAUCUCCACAUUAAUGUUCAACCCCAGGCCCCUAUGCUACGCCCCCAGUACCGAGGGGUCCCUCCUCUCGCCAAAGUCAGGCCUCCCCACAGCAGCCAGCAAACAGGCUCAAAUGCUGAGUCCUCUACAACCAAUAUGAAUAACCUGAAGCGAGCACCCCAACUACGGCAGCCCCAGCCCCUCCUCUACAUAACAAACACAGGCGCGGGCGCCCAGCGUAUACGCAGACACUGAGCUUACACUGGCCGCGACUCCCAACACCAGCAUUAACACCAAACCCAGCUGAGCCUGGAGGCCGAACCAUCUUGUUAUCAGAGAUCUGAGAGCAUGCAGCCUCAAUAAAAAAAAAGAAUUAAUCCUUCAGUGACUGUCACUACGCAAAAUUUGUAACAACAUUGAGCUGGAUAAUUUCACACAGGUCUCACUGUGUGAGGUUGACACGGCAGUAGCUCCGCUUAAUUUCGAUCCUAAAACUCCAAAUAGACCGUGAUUAUACGCAGUAACCGAAGGUAACUUAAACUACUGUCUGAUAAAGUGGCUGGGUGUCUACACACCAGUUGAAAAUGCCCAAAAAAGUUUUGCCAAAGUUGGACACGCCGGACGGGGAAGGCCCGAGUGAAGCCUCCGGCCACAGUAAAGACGCCAGCGGAACCGUCACGAGCACAGACAAUAUAGUGUUGGGGGCUAUUGCGGCACUCCGCUCUGAACUGGCAGGUGUUAAGGUUGAAAUUUGUGACAAAAUUGAAAAUAAGAUCUCAGAAGUCACAGCUGUAUUAAGAGGGGAGAUAGCCAGCUUGAAAGCCGAGAAUGACAAAGCCAUAACAACGCUAAGGAACGAGAUAGAGUCACAUGGCCAUACGCUGCAAGAGCUAGCCAACACGGCUAGCGGCUCAUCCGAUGCAAUACGGGAGUUGGAGAACAAAGUUGAGACGCUCCGUGGGCAAGUGACAUCGCUUUCUGAAAAAUGCCUCGACCUUGAGGGAUGCUCGAAGCGUCAGAACCUAAGAGUGGUAGGGGUGAAACAAGGCAAAGAGGACGGGCAGAAUGCCAUGGAGUUUGCAGGGAGGCUGUUAAAAGAAGCGCUUGGACUGGACGAAACACCUGUGAUUGACAGAGCUUUGAGAAAGAAGCCCGGAGAUAACGAACCACCUCGACAUCUUAUUGUAAGAGUUCACUACUGCCACACCUAUGAGGACAUCAUGAAGAAAGUCAUGGGCACCCGGGAUAUAACAUUUUGUGGCCGGUGGAUUCAGAUUUUCCGGGACCUGCCACCUGAGGUGGCAAAGCGCCGAGCUACGUUCACCGCUGUGAGGAGGAUGCUACGCGACAAACUGGGAGUCAAAUACGGACUUCUUUACCCAGCCAAACUACGAGUGUCUCACGACGGUGUUGAGAAUUUUUUUACUGACCCGGAAAAAGCACGACAGUAUGCAGAACGCCUCAUUGGAGACGUGGAUAACGGAGGAUCACUGGAUCCUAUCCCACGUGAGAUAAGGGCAGAUAAUGCCACAAUACACCACCCAGAAUGCGAAGAACCUCUACGCAGGUGACAUCUAGCACUUUACUACAGACAGGUUGUUUUUUUGUUUUUUUUCCUUUGUGUACCUAAGAGUCAAUAAUCCGGGUAGCCUGCGGUUAAAGGCAUAUGUUAGUAACGUUAUACUUGUUAAUGAUGUUACAUGUUGCGGUCUCAUACUUGGUUUUAAGGGCUGCUAGUUAGACACCCUUUAACUUGUUUUUGAAUAACUGUAUUGUUUUGUUUAAUAGUGACGAUAAUGUACCUUCUGAUCCUUCUUUUUGUGAUAUCUGGUCUAUGCUUAAUGUCUUUAUGGAGCUACACAGGGCACUUGUUAUGUCGGUGGUUGCGACAGAGGAUGGUUGGAAGUACACGUGGUCUUGUUGGGAGGAUGGCAGGCUCCCCUCCCUGCUAUGACCUAGGUGUAUGUGGGGUUUUUUUGUUGUUUGUUUGUUUGUUUUUCUUUUUUAUUAUUUCUGCUGUGUUUAUUUUGUAUUUUCGUGGGUGGGGUUGUUGGGUGGGAAGGUGCUAUGGUAGAAAAUGUUCUAGUCAAUAUGGGACAAUACACAUAAAUCACUAACAAUAUGGCCUCGGUAGAUGGUGAUGGAAAUGAUGGGGUGAACAGGAGAGGGCUUGUAACCUUUUGCUCUUGGAAUGUGAAUGGCAUCAAUGAACCAAUAAAACGUGGUAAGCUGUUGGCAUACCUAAAGUCAUUGAGAUCAGAUGUUAUUUUCUAUCAGGAGACCCAUCUUGAAAAUGAUGCACAUUGCAGGAUUACAGCUAAGUGGAUAGGGCAGGUUUAUCACUCAAGGUUUUCUGCAAAGGCAAGGGGUACAGCAAUAAUUAUUCGUAAAAAUGUGCCAUUCAUACAUAAAUCGACCCUGGCAGAUAAGGAGGGGAGAUAUAUCAUGGUGGUAGGAGAAAUUCAGUCUAUACCAAUCACAUUGCUGAAUGUCUAUGGCCCGAACAGGGAUGACCCAGAGUUUUUUAGAAAAAUGUUUAGCUUGAUCCCGGAUAUUUCAACUACAAACUUGAUACUUGGGGAAGACUUUAAUUUAGUUUUAGAUACCUAUCUAGACAGGUCGUCAGCUCAGAGAAUUGCGCCAUCGAAUGCUUCUAGGUUUCUGAAAUCAUUUAUUGAUAAUUUGGGUCUUGUGGAUGUUUGGAGAACGUUGAAUGCAACCGGAAGGGAAUAUUCCUUUCACUCUGGGGUUCAUAAUACGUACUCCCGUAUAGACUACUUUCUAUUAGAUGUAAACUGUUACAUGGAGUCCAGAGUAAUAAAUAUCAUAAUAUCCUUAUAUCAGAUCAUAGCCCAGUGUCUAUUUCACUAAAUUUACUGGAAUCAGGUGGUAAUUAUAAACACUGGCGAUUAGACCCUCAACUUCUUACGAGGAAAACAUUCUGCAAUUAGCUGGAAGAACAGAUCAAGUUGUUUUUUGAGAUGAAUGACAAAGAUGAUGUAUCACCUCUGUUAUUGUGGGAGACGUUUAAAGCAUAUGUUAGAGGCUGUGUAAUUUCUUUUCAGUCGUCUGAGAAAAAACGUAAUAACAUGGAACGCAUACAGUUGGAGGUUCAAAUACAAAAAUUGGACUCUGUGAAUGCCAGACAACCAUUUGUACAGCUACAUAGUAAAAUAUCAGCUCUGAAGUAUAAACUCAAUAACUUACUCUCAGAUAAAAUUUCCAGGGCUUUAAGCAGACCUAUUUUGAAUUUGGCGAUAAGCCACAUAAAUUACUGGCCAGGCAUUUAAGGAAGAGAGAAAGUGAUAGGGCUAUUCAUGCAAUCAGGUCAGACUCAGGGUUGUUGAUUAAUUCUUAUAAGGAUAUUAACACUGCUUUUAGACAGUUUUAUGAACAGUUAUAUACAUCUCAGUGUAAUGCACUUCCUGAAAUUAUGCAGGAUUUUCUAAGCAAAUGUAACUUGCCCACAUUGGCACAAAAGGACAGGACACUUCUAGAUGCAGAUUUAACAUGUCCAGAAUUGAUUAAUAUCAUACGCUCCCUGAAAAACAGGAAGAGCCCAGGACCUGAUGGUCUAUGUACUGAGUUUUAUAAAAAGUUUAGCAGUUUACUAACCCCAUAUUUGCUGAAAAUGUUUAAUAUGGCCUUGAAAGAUGGUGCACUCCCGCAGACUCUGAAUGAAGCAACUGUGACUCUCAUUCCAAAGAACGGAAAGGACCCAGAAUUGGUGAGUUCUUACUGACCAAUCUCUUUAUUGAACACAGAUCAGAAAAUACUGGCCAAGUCUUUAGCCAGGAGACUUAGUUCUCACAUAGGUAAACUGGUUCACCCAGAUCAAACAGGGUUUAUCCCAGCAAGACAUGCAUCUUAUAACCUGAGACGUCUUUUUGACAUUAUUUAUUCCUCUAGGGAUCCAGAUAAAGACCUAGUGAUACUGAGCCUUGAUGCAGAAAAGGCCUUUGACUGUGUCGAAUGGUCAUAUCUAUAUGCAGUAUUAAGUAAGUUCGGAGUUGGACCUAAAUUUGUUUCCUGGAUUCAAUUGUUAUAUAGUAAUCCGUGUGCCAGAAUACUCACAAACAAUACCCUUUCCGAACCAAUUAAGCUAUUUCGUGGCACAAGACAAGGAUAUGCGCUGAGCCCUUUAUUGUUUGACCUCGCAUUAGAGCUGUUGGCAGAAACAAUUCGGAAACAUAAAGAAAUACAUGGCUAUAAUGCAGGAUACACCUCUAAUAAGAUCUCACUGUAUGCUGACGAUAUUCUGCUGUUUGUAACCAGACCAUUAGACUCAAUCCCUAAGGUGCUAGUAACAAUAGAUUUAUUUAGCUCUUUUUCAGGUUACAAAGUAAAUUGGGGGAAGAGCCAACUGAUGCCAAUUAAAUGCAGUAAUCUUGAUUUACUAAAUCGUCUUCCCUUUAGAAUAAUGUCAGAAAAAUUUUCAUAUCUUGGAAUUGAAGUUACUAAGUCAUACAAGUCUGGAUACAUUUAAAAACGAGGUUGAAUUUUGGAAAUCACUCCCACUUUCCAUGAUAGGUAUGGUGAAUGCGAUCAAAAUGAUUUGUCUCCCCCAACUCCUAUAUCUGUUUCAAAAUAUCCCUGUGUAUCUAAAUGCUACAUUUUUUCAAAAAUUGGAUUCAGUCCUUCUCCCUUUUAUCUGGAACUACAAGAGCCACAGGAUAAAAAAGGCCCACCUUUGUAAAGAGAAAAUACAUGGUGGUCUAGCCUUACCAGAUUUUAAAAAUUACUACUUCGCAGCUAAUAUGCAAUACAUAGCUUAUUGGCUACAUGAUACAGUUAUAAUGGGAAGUUGGUUGGACAUGGAGCGAGAGGACUGUAUGCCUCAUUCUCUUGGUGCAAUUGCAUUGUCUCCUGUUCGUUUUAAAAAUACAUACUACAACUGUAAUCCAGUUAUUCACAAUACAAUUCAAAUCUGGAGACAGAUCGUGAAAGAGUAUAGACUCAGAGCCUUCUCGCUUUUGACACCUAUUACAGCUAAUCCUGCAUUCAGACCCUCAGUUUUAGAUGGGACAUUUGAUCGCUGGAAGGAAAUGGGGUUGCGAAAUGUGGGACACCUGUAUUUUCAGGGCUCUUUUGCUUCAUUUCAACAGCUUAAGGAGAAGUACAAUUUACUAGCCUGUGAUUUUUUUUUAUUUUUUUA